CUUUCAGGGCGUGUUGAGUUUGGAAACUCCUGGGAAUCUUCUGACCGUGAACGGGGCGUCAUUACCACCGCAGUUUGGAUGUGGAGCGUCUCUAAAGUGUCCUCAGAUAUCCGGGAGGUGAAAACACUGUGUUAACUGAGGAAAGAUGGAGGCCUGUAUGAUGAAGCCAGAGGUCAAAAAGAAGCCAAAACCGCCCAAACCUCCCCCAAAGCCUGUAGAGGUAAAAAUAAAGGAGUCAGAGAGACCUGAGAAGCCAACUCCUGUUAUGUCCUAUCAACACACAGAUGCUACAAAUGGAAAAAUGAAGCAACAAAACACAUGUGUGAAACUGUCUGAAACCCCUCGUGUUCCACCCAGAUCCACAGAAAAGAGCUCCAGAGAAACUGAGCAGCCAGAAGCUGCAGUGGAUGAAGCCGAGUCCAAUAAGAAUAAUCAGUCAGUCCUGACUGGAACGUUUCAGCUGAGCAAAAAAGAAGAGAAAUUACCAACGUUCACAAGUUACGUGGCCCACACCUUUGACGAAGAGGAAAAGACUGACGACAUCCCAGCCAAACAGGGCAUUCUGAAAGGAGUAAUGAAAGGGUUGCAUUUAAAGUCCUCCCCAAAGGGUAGCAGUGAUCCGAGUACAGAUCCCGGUGCAGAGGAAACCAGAGCAGAAAAGGAACAAUCUGCUGAAAAAAACAAACAAGAAAAGAAUGCAGAAGCCAAACAGGACAAAGUGGGUCUGCUUACUGGAAUGUUUUGGAAAACUCCCAAAGACAGAUCACGUCCUCCUGCACCAAUGGUCAGUAAAAUAAACGGUGGUCCUGAAGAUGCAGAAGAAGAGCAGAAAAAAUCUGAACAAACCCAUGCAAAAGGAAACGUCAACAAAAAGUCUGACACACCAGUGGAUGAGCCAUUGACACAGGACAACCUGAGUGCUCACAGUGAGCUGUCUGCCAGCAACGACAGUCUGUCUGAGCACAAGGAAAGCAGAGGAAUAUUCAGUGGUAUGUUCAGGAGGUCGCCAAAGCCAGCAGAUUCUGCUCAAAUUGAUCAGUUUCCACAAGCCAAUCUGUCUGGCAGUAAUGACAGUCUGUCUGAGACUAAUUCAAAGCAGGAAAAGGGUUUUUUCAGUGGGAUCCUCCGCAAAUCACCAAAGAUUAAUGAAGAGGGGUCACAUAAGCAGGAUAAAGAAUCUGUGCAGACUGAGGCUUCUGUCAGUGAUGAAAAUCAGUCAGAGAACAGCAAGACAAAAGAAAAAGGGAAUAUUUUCAAUGACAUUUUUAAGAAAUCUCCAAAUCCAUCUGAAGGCCCCCAGCUGGAAGAGAGUGCAGAGCCGCUGCGUGGAGAUCUUUCUGCCAGCGCUGACAACCUGUUGGAGAAAAAGGAGAAAGGUGGUUUGUUUGGACUCCUCAGAAAGACCCCGAAAACAACCUCAGAGGAGAAUCUGUUGACGCGCACAGAGAUGUCAGAAAGCAGGGACAGUCUGUCUGAGACCUCCAGUUCAAAGGAGAAAAGGUUACAAAGCAAUGAGCUGUCAGGCAGCAGUGAAGGUCUGGCUGAGAACAACAAGAAGGAAAAAGGAGGAUUAUUUAAUGGGAUAUUCAAAAAGCCUCCAAAACCUGCUGAAGCUGCUCAAACCGAGGAGGACGUGUUUUCUGACACCAAAUCCCCUGGCGGUAAUGAAAAUGAGAAAGGUGGAGGUUUGUUUGGUGUUAAGCUCAGAAAAACUCCAAAAGGAUCAGGAGAAAAGACUGAAACACAGGAUAGAGAAGCUCAGAGCGAGCCGUCAGCCAGCAGUGAAGAUCUGUCUGAGAACAUCCCCACCAAGGAGAAAAACAUUUUCAGCAACAUGUUUAAAAAGCAACAGAAACCAGCAGAGGGCACCACAGCAGAGAUGGAGUCAGAGGAAAAUACUGAAAAAGAGUUACUUGGCAGCAGUGAGAAUCUGGUGGACACGACUGGUCCAAAGGAGAAAAAGGGAGGUCUGGCUGCACUAUUCAAAAGAUCACCGAGCAUUGAAAACCUGUUGGAAGAGGGGAACUCUGGAGGACUUGCAAGCAUCUUUAAAAAGUCGCCUAAACCAGCUCCACGCACCACCACCAGUCAGCAUCCCCUCAGUGACUCAAACCAACUGUCGGAUAGCUCGGACAGCCUCACAGAAGCUGGAAAGGAGGAUGUCUCAGCACAGGAUGAAUUGUCAGGGAGCAACGAUAAUCUUUCUGAAACCUCAAGUCACACAAAGGAGAAGAAAGUUGGUUUCUCUGCGAUGUUCAAGCGGACGCCAAAAACUUUGGAGCCGCAGGACGGUGAAGGUGAGGACAGUGAGGUGCCAGAGGGAGGCAGACUGAGACGCAGAAGAACCAUUAAGAAGAAAAGACGAGUUGUGUCCUUCAGAGUCAAGAAAACUCUUCCCAGAAUUCCCAAACUCAAUUCAUCCUCACAGAGUUCAGUAGAGAUGCCCAUCAUAGAGGAGACUCUUGAGCUGCAAGACAUGACUGCAGGCCAGGACCAGGAGAGUGAGGUGGAGGUCCAGCCUGUGGAGAUGGCAGCUUACCCAACCGAAGAAAACCCCGUUCAAACGGAGCAGGAGAAAGAUGAGCUGAUGGAGUGGUGGAACACAGUGAAAGGUUGGAAAGAGUGGAAUGAAAACUCGAAUUUCCAGGAGGAGGAUGAGCAAAUGGCGAUGGAGCAGGCAGCCGAUCGAGUCUACAUGGCAGCCCGGCUUUUUGUGCAUCUUUUCAACCAGCGGGGGGCGUCCUUGCAGCACCAUAUCCUGGAGCUUUUGGCGGUGGCCGACGCCGCGGAUGAAUUCCACAAGAAGACGGUGUCGGCCGCCGUGGGAGGAGGCGUAGCCAGCGUUGCAGGCAGCGUUGCUACCAUCACCGGACUCAUUCUGGCACCUUUCACUUUUGGAGCCUCCAUCAUCGUCACGGCGGUGGGGAUCGGUGUGGCGACGGCUGGCAGCAUCACGUCAGCGACGGCUAACAUCACAGACACGGUCCACUCCAACAUGGGUCGCAAGAAGGUGGAGAAGAUGAUCCAGGGCUACCAGGAAGAGAUCAAAGACAUCAGAGAGUGUUUGGAGUUUGUGCAGGAAGGUAUGGACACCCUGCAGGAGUGGGAUUUCGAAAAAUUUUCUGAAAGUGCUGCUAAAAAAGCUAUGAACCACAACAUCAAACACGUGAUGAAGGAAGGAGGCCGCGCUGGUAAAGCCCUCAUGAUCAACACGGACAAGCUCAUCAGCACCGUGCAGGUUUUGGGCGUCGCAGGUGGCGCCGCCAAAGCAGCCCAGGCUAUCAGUGUCACCACAGGCGUCAUGUCUGCCCUCUUUUUGGCUCUGGAUGUUUUCUUCCUCGCCAAAGACUCCCAUGAGCUUCGCAAGGGUGCCAAAACCAAGUUUGCUACCAAAAUUAGAGACGUGUGUAAAGACCUUCAAGCUGGCCUCCUGGAACUAAACAAGGUGAAGACGCAGCUGCAGAAGACCAUGGAUGGUAUCGAAGUGGAGGAGUACGAGGAAAUAGAGGAGGUGGAGGUGGAGGUUGAAGAUGACUUUGAAUCUGACCCAAAGAAGCUGGCUGAGUUGGAGCAGGAGCUGGACCUCAUGGAGGAGAAACUGGACAAGAAAGAUGAGCUAGGGCAGAAGAAGAGUAAAGAGCCAGAAAGAGAAAAUGUAAAACUUAGAACUGAGAAAAAAGAGGAGCUAGAGGAAAAGAAGGACAAGGAGGAGGAGACUGAAAAUAAUUCAAAGAAAGAGAAAAAUAAGGUAAAGAAUGAAGGAGACAGGAAGUCUGAGUCCAAAUUAGCGAAGACUCCUAACAAGGAAAAGGAUCAGGUAAAUGAAACCACGGGCAAAUGUGACAAAGAGGUUCUGAAAGAAGAGUCUCAGAAAGGAAGCAAGAAGGAUAAAGAAACAGAGAACCAAAUAACAGCUGAAAAAGAAAAGAAACUUCAGGGCAAGCAAAAGAAGGCUAAAGAUGAUAGUGCUACAAAGAAAACAGACGGAAAGGACAAAGAGAGAAAUAAUAGUGAAAAAGAACAAAAAGAAGCUGAGAACAAAGUAGGUGAUUUAAAACGAGAUGAUGUGAGUUCAAAGAUGGAAAAAAGGAGUGAGGGAAGAAGGAGCAUCAGGGACAGUGAAGAAGCAAUGAAGCCAGAGAGGAAAAAAGAGAAAGAGGUGGACAGCAGGAGUACAAGGCGGCACAGUAGCAAGAGUGGCCGAGAUGGAGACGAGGGUGGUAGACACGAAAUGAGAGAGAGAGGCAAGGAGAGAGAAAGCCAUCACAAAGAUGGAGAGAACCACAGGUUGGAGAGUUGGAGUAGAAAAGGAGAAGAGAGGGGAGUAAAAGACUGCAGAGCAGAGACGGCAAAGAGUAAAGAAGAGAAAAGGGAAAACAAGGAGACGGAUCAUGUACAUGCAGGAAGGAGGAAAGAGCCACACAGAGAUCAUGAACUGGAGACGGGGAGUAGUCAGAAGGAAUCGAACAGGAGUCACUACAGGAGUGGACAUGAUGAGCACGGAGAGAGGGAGGCCGAGAAACGAGGGAGCAGAGUGGAGAGCGCCAGGAGAAAGUUUGAGAGACCAGGAGGUGAGGAGGUAGAGGAAGAGGGGAGGGGGAAGAAUAGAGAAGGUGGAGAGGGUAAGAGGAGAGGAAGUGACAGAGACGGAGAGCAGGAACACAGCCGGCGAGGAUCUCGACUUCAAGGAUCUCUACGAGGAGGACUGAAUAUUUAACUUCAGCAUAAACGGCUUCCAUGAUCCACGAGUGUCCUCCUGAUCGUUUCAAAUGGUCAAAUAUCCCCCUGAACUGAUGUUACAAGAAAAGCAGCUCCUUCUGCAGAAAACUGUGUUGCAGAAAUGAGUUAAUCCACAAAAUCAGGAGAGAAGUGAAGCUAAAAGGAUAUAAACUUCACCUGACGAGUGCAGAUAACACGAGAAUCCUAUCAGCUCUCUGCUGAAACUAAACCUAGUCACUGACGUUUGUUGAUUUUGAGUUGUUUAUUUUAUUACUAGUCAUAAGUGAAAGCUUUAUGACAAUCAUUCGUUCAAAUGUCUUCACAACUUUUGGACGAAUUAACAAGUAAUUCCUGACCUGCAGAGGGCGGUCUCUGUCUGUCGCAGUGCGAUCAGGUCUGACGUGAACAUGAUUUUAUGAUCCCAGAGGGAUAUAACUUUAGACACAUACAGAUCAUAGUUGCCUUGAAUAUAAAGUAGCUAAUAGAACAGGUUACUGAGGAAACUGUUGCAUCAAUUAUAAAUAAACUGAAUGCUUGAAUUCUCUUAAAAAAAUAACAACUGUGACGCUCAAGAAAAUUGAAACUCUGUUAAUUUAACUCGUGCACAUUACAGAACAGGCUGUGGUAAAUGGAUGCGCGGAUAAAAUAACACUUAAAUGUAGGUCACCAGCCAUGUUCCCAACACCUGACGCAAAAGAUGUUUCUUCUGAAGUUGUGUAUAUGCUAGGGGAAUGGAUCGUUUUUGUAGUAUUUUGUAGAUCAAGCUAAAGGAAAAAAAGGUCACUUUUGAUAACCUCAAGAGUUUAAAGGAGACUGGGUUUUCAGUUCUGUAAGAGACAAAUGUGCAGGAAUCUUUUUUUUUCCUCAGGGGUUAAUUGACCCUGUCCCGCAGGGCACAGUGCCCUGCAUGGUUUGGUGUUUCCCUGCUCAGACACAUCUGGAAAACACUGCUUUAGAGAUUCUACUAUACAUUUAAAUAAUUAUCUUUGAAUUUACAUUAAUAUUUGGAUAGAUUAAGGCGCGUGUACACACACCCUGAUUUCAUGUACAUGUGCUGUUCACCCAUUUCCACAAAUGUAAUAAUGAAAAUGCCAGUUUCAUUGGUGCCAAUUUUUCAAAUGUCUUGACCGCGAAGGUCAGACCGUCUUGUUUAUCUCUUCUCUCUUCUACCACAAGACACCACUAGGGGGUUUUCUCCCUUUUUAUAAAAUCAGCGAUCAUUCACUAAUGUUCUGACACAAAGCAUUUAAAAUCAUGUUAUACAUUUGCAGUAAAAUAUAGUAUACGUUCCUACCUUUACAUAUGUCUUACAAAUCUUUUAACAUGUUUUUCUUAAACAUAAUACUUCCAUCUCUCACUCCCAAUUUACUGUUUAAGUUCAUCUGUGUUUCGGUGUAAAACUUUUAGGACUGUUUGACUCCAUACGGCAUCUGUUCUAGUUUUGUAUACUUGUUUUUUUUUUUUAAUUUAAUAAAAAGGCCAGUUUGACCGUGAAAUGUUGAUUGUAUUGUAUUCUCAUUGCACUUUAACCGGGCAUCUCCUCUGUUCUGCUGUUCCCGUUCUCUCAGGUUUAACGUGGCCCAUUUUUAUGUGUCUGAUGUCAAAGUUCACUAUGUAUUUUUGUACGUGUAAACAUCUUUUUAUGGUAUUUCUGGAUAUAAUAAACACAAAGGCUUUAAUGUACAGAUAUAUAUCUUUGCAGUGAUUAUGACUUGUGAUGCAUACACGUGGAAGGGUCUGCACUGUUUUUUGGUUUAUGCUUAACAUAGUCAUUUUUAUGGUGGGAUGAUAGUAAGUACUGCAUACUAGACCAGUAUGCAGUACAUAGUGUAUAAUACACUGUAAGGGCAGUAUUUAGUAUAUGGUUUUGAAAAUGGCAACUCACUCAGGAUCAAUGUCUUUGGAGUAUCUUUCUGCAAAUACAAUACACCCAUUUCUCUGUUUUAUAUUUUUAUUUUGUGGAAAAUGUUUUAAUUUUAUAUUUGUAUGUAUUAUAUUCUAAAUAGCAUGUCAACUACAUGACAUUGACUCAAAAUCGGGAGUGGUUGUAGUUACAGAGGUGGGCUUGGCGCUUGGGUCUGGAGGACCCUGGUUCAAGCCCUGAAAAUGGCAACCAAAAAUGUACCACUUUGGGCCCCUGAGCAAGGCCCUUUAACCCUAAUAUCUCCCGGGGAAGCUAGAAUAAAGGCAGCCCACUGCUACUAGUCUAGCUAGUGAUGAGUUAAAAAGAGGACAAAUGUCAGUGUGUUUCCAAGUAUAAUGAUUAAAAAUUUGCAGUAUUUUAUACUCAUUUAAGGAGUUCCUCUACUUCAUAGUAAUUCAUAGUAAUAUUUUUAUUGAAAACAUUUUAUUUUCAUUCAUUUUUGUAUGGCUUAUACACCAUGCAACCCAAUGACUCCAGAGUGAAUUACAGAUGCUUCAAAAUACAUCUUUUUUUUUUAAAUGAGACUCUAUUCUUACCAAAACUCAAAACCUCCUCUAGCACUACAAUUCAGCUUAGAUUUUUUUUUAAUCACUGGGUCACAUAAUAUGGAAGUCAAGGACAAAUAAAAAUACAAUAAACAACUAAACUCCAUUAAAAUAUCCACGUGCAAAAGAACAAACCUUUAAAUGCACUAACCAACGACACAUCUUAUUUGUCUCUUGUAGUACUUCGAGUCGGCUUGAGAUUGAAAUAACCGAGGGUUAGGGAUGAUAUUAAAAUAUUCUUCCCAUUCCCCUUCAAAGAUACACUCCAAACAUUAAUCUGUGAUCAUUGCACAUGUUUGUAACUC